CUUGCCGAGGGAGGCAUGGUAGAUGUUUGUGAUGCUCUGGAAUGGGCUAGAACCAAGCUGCCACACAUCAAACUUCAGAGCGACGUCCAGAUUGAUGGUGAGAGAGCUGUUGUUGUUGGGUGGUCAUCGGGUGGGCAAUUGGCAAUGUCACUGGCAUGGACUGCACCACAAAAAGUCUUGAGGCCACCUGAGGCAAUUUUGGCUUUCUACUGUCCGACCAACUAUGAAGACGAAUCCACUGCUCAAAUACUGCCCGUCAUCAUUGGUGGUCUCCCCAGCAAGAAGAAGAGCUCGGGAUUGUCGGUGAAGAACUGGAAUGCUCUUCCACAGCCUACCUUGGAGGAGAUUAUUCCCUGUAGUCCGCUCGCACAGAUUGUCCGUGGGAAUUAUCAGACACCUACCUUCAUGAUUCACGGGACCAAUGACGAUUUGAUUCCAUGGGAACAAUCACAAGGCACCUUUGAUGCACUUCUGAGCGAGGGAGUCGAGGCUGGUCUGGUGCUGGUUGAAGGGGCACGACAUUUUUGUGAUCUCAGCAGCAACCCGGCAUCAGAAGGAUGGAAGGCAGUUCUCAAAGGAUACGAAUUUCUUAGUAACCACGUUUAAGGGUAGCUUAUUUCAUAGAGUAGACAGAUUUCCUACAUAGAAAUUGAACUUCCUGAUGUCAAAAUUAUUAUAAUUGAGAUCGUGACCACCAAUAAGUUGGGGGGCGGGGGGGCUUUGCUGUGAACCGACUUCCACAUUUACUAGUGUCUAAGUAUAGAAAUCAACGCAAUAACAGUAAGCCUGAGUCACGGUAAGAUCCCCGAUAUUUCGUUCGGGAAACUCCCAUCCGUUUCUCG